AUGUCACUCCCUAGCCACUGUGUGCAAGCUGUCCUUCUCAUAAGCAUCCUAAGUUUCUGCGCACCGGCAUCAGGUGGCUUGUCUGAGCAUAGACUUCACAGGAUCAUCAGGAAACAAGAUGUAAAGGAGCUUAAAGCCAGAACUACAGAACAAAUUGCAGUGUCUCAGUCCAAGGCCAAAGAAUUUCUGUCAGUUCUUCACAGGUCUAAGAGAAACGUGUGGGACAGAAGCCGUCCUGACGUCCAGCAGUGGAUCCAACAGUUCAUGUAUAUGGGCUUUGAUGAGGCUAGACUUGAGACUGAUCUUUCCUAUUGGAUGGACCGUGCUAGAUCACAUGACCAGGGCCGGCAGCAUCAUCAUGAUGAGAAUGCACCCAUGAGCCAGCAGGACCCCAGUUCUUACAGACAUGGAGCCGAUGUCAACUAUGAUAAUUAUUAA